UCAGGCAACAAUAGAAAAUCACACUUGUCAGCGCGCUUUUCUGCAAAUUCAAAUUCUUUACUACUUUUUCCAUUCAAUUCCACCACACCAGUUAGCGCCUCUUUUCUCUCACCAUUUUUCAUUUUCAAACCCUAAAAUUUCAAUUCAAUCACCCCCAAAACUUUCUUUCUUCAUUUUCUAAUCCAAUUUACCCCCUUUUUAUUAAUCUUUACAAACAUCAAUUUUUUCAAAAAAAAUUUCAAUUUUUCUUGAUUAUUUACAUAUGGAAGAUAGUAUUGUGGCUGGAUCUGUAUCCAAGAAAAGGGUGUGUGAAGAUUCUGAUCAAGUUCAAGAAUUUGAACAAAAAAGAGCAAAAAUUCGAGACCUUGAAUCGGUUUUUCGGUCCGAAGGGAAAAUAAAGAGUAAUAUUGACUCUGCAAUUGAUCUAAAUGCUAAAGAUGAUAAUCCAUCAUCUGUUGAAGAUACAAGUCAUUUGAAAGAAGGAACCAAUUUUGUGAAAUCGAGGGGUUUUCCAAUUGAUUUGAACUCGGAAGAUGUUUCGAGUUCUAUGAUUCAUGAUCCAUUUCUUCCGUAUAAAGAUUAUGAUUUUGUGAAACCACGAGAUGCUUUAUCCGAAUGUGGAAGUACUUGUGGUGUAGGUGGAGAGCCAGACUCGAUGAGGCGUUGGAAAGAAAUGAAACAAAAUGGGUUUCUAUCGUCUGCUCAUGGAGGUGUUCCGGUGCCACAGAUACCAAAGCCACGUGGGAGAAAGAAAGGGAACGAAGCAGUGAUCAAGAAAAAGAUAGAGAUUGCAAAGAAAGAACAAGUGAAUAGAUUUGCAAAAGUGGCUGCUCCAAGUGGACUUUUGAAUGAAUUGAAUCCCGGGAUUAUUAACCAUGUAAGAAAUCGAAAACAGGUUCACUCGAUCAUAGAAAAUCUUGUGAGAUCUGCAAGAAAAGAUAAUAAACAUAGUGGAAGUAAGCAAGAGAAUGGGAAAGAGAGUGGUCAAUAUGAUGACCUCCGAGAACAUAAUGAUAUGGUAACGAGUAAUAGAGAACUAGGUGUUAAAAUGAACUAUUAUUCUUCGCACAAUAAGUUAGAAUGUGGAGAGGAUAUACUUGCGUUAAAACUGUUGCCCUCAACAAACACUGGAUCAGGAGUUACGAGCUCUUUGUCCAACGACGAGUCAGGAAAUCUAUCUACUGUCAAUUCUCUCUCAGUUAAGGCUGCAAGUGUUGCCUCUCAAUGGUUAGAACUUCUUCAUCAGGACCUUAAAGGCCGUCUUGCAGCACUAAGGCAUAGUAAGAAGAGAGUUCAAACUGUAAUUCAAACGGAACUGCCACUCUUGGUAUCACAAGAGUUGGUUUCCUACCAAGAAAACUAUCAUUCUGAAAAUGGUCACUUAGUCAAGGGAACUGUUGACUUACAUAAAACGAGAUGGGGUUCUCUUUUUGAUCAGAUGGAAAACGCUCUUUCUGAAGAAGAGACUAAGUUGGAGAACUCGUUGAACCAAGUAAAUGAAAUGCUGAUACAUUGUGAACAUGGUCUUCUCCAAUUUCAUCCAGAAAAUGUCUUGCAAAGGCACACUAAUGACUACAGAUUUUUGAAAGCAGAAUCAAGCCCAUACAAGGAUUUAGCCGUACCAGCUGCUGCUGCCGCCAUCUACUCGACAUCUAACUUUUUGCAGUCAAUGGAAAAUCUACCAUGUUUCUGACAGCUGUUGAUGUCCAGUAGUAAUUUGUAACAAUUGUAGUCUAAUUAUAGUUUCUGCUUUAGUGCAUACUAGAAGCCAAUCGUGAUGGUUUUUAGUGUAGUUUCUUUGUAACAUUUAGAUCUUGAAUUCAUGUGUGGUUGUAUUAGUUUUUUCAUUUUAUUGAUUUUUUAGCAAAUAA